GCCGCCCUUUAAGGCCUUGGCUGCCAAUGACCAGGUCACAGCUGGUUACUUUGUUGACGGCACCUGGUGAUCGCCAACGGGGGAGAGACCUGUGUAUAAACAACACAUAUCUCUCCCCUGUCAGCUCCUGCACACUGCUUUGUAUGGCUCUGCAUAGCAGAGCCAGUGUAAAGCACUCACACAGCACACAGUGAAACAGCACACAGUUAACCCAUUGAUCGCCCCACAUGUUAACCCCUUCCUGCCCAGUGCCAUUAGUACAGUGUCAGUGAUUUUUAUUAGCGAUGUCAGUGACACCAAGUCCGUUCCCCCCAGUGUCAGAAUGCCCGCUGCAGUCUCGCUAUAAAUAUCUGAUUCCCGCCAUUACUAGUUAA